CCUGGCUCGUGCGUGGCAAAACGGCAAUGUCGUUUGUCGUAAGCGUGGACAAAGUAAAGAAGGAGGACAUGAGUUGAGUGAGUUGAAGACAGAGAAAACUGAAGAAGAAGAAGGCAAAGAUGAUAUUGCAGUUUUUCGUGCUUUCCCAGAGAGGCGACAACAUCGUCUACCGCGACUAUCGUGGUGAAGCUCAAAAAGGAAGCGCCGAGACAUUUUUCCGAAAAGUCAAGUUCUGGAAAGAGGAUUUCGAGGGAGACGCUCCGCCUGUUUUUAAUAUAGAUGGUGUGAACUACUUCCACGUGAAGGUUGCUGGAUUGCUAUUUGUUGCUACAACUAGGGUCAAUGUCUCCCCUUCUCUUGUUUUGGAACUUUUGCAAAGAAUUGCGCGUGUCAUCAAAGAUUAUCUCGGUGUGCUUAACGAAGACUCCUUUCGAAAGAACUUUGUGCUCGUUUAUGAAUUGCUAGAUGAAGUGAUUGAUUUUGGUUAUGUGCAAACAACAUCCACUGAGGUUUUGAAGUCUUACAUUUUCAAUGAGCCAAUAGUGAUUGAUGCUGCACGGAUGCCUCCCCUUGGUCCCGCUUCCAUUUUUAUGCAAGGGACCAAACGAAUGCCAGGUACGGCUAUUACAAAGUCCGUGGUUGCUAAUGAACCUGGUGGUAGGAAGAGGGAUGAGAUAUUUGUUGAUGUAAUUGAGAAAAUAAGUGUUACAUUCAAUUCUAGUGGAUUUAUACUUACUAGUGAGAUAGAUGGAACCAUACAAAUGAAGAGUUAUCUUUCUGGUAACCCAGAGAUUCGACUUGCUCUCAACGAGGACCUGAGUAUAGGGACAAGUGAUUAUAGAGGUUCAGGUGCUGUGAUUUUAGAUGAUUGUAACUUCCAUGAGUCUGUACACCUUGAUAAUUUUGAAGUUGAUAGAACUUUGUCAUUGGUACCACCAGAUGGUGAGUUUCCAGUCAUGAAUUAUCGUAUGACUCAACCUUUUAAACCACCAUUUCGUAUUACUGCAUUGAUUGAAGAAACAGGACCCCUGAAGGCUGAAGUGACUAUUAAAGUGCGAGCUGAGUUCAACUCAAGUAUCAAUGCUAGCACUGUUCUUGUACAGAUGCCCCUGCCAUCAUUGACAGCUCGUGUUAAUUUUGAGUUAGAACCUGGAGCAGUUGGACACACCACUGAUUUUAAGGAAACAAAUAGAAGACUGGAAUGGGGCUUGAAAAAGGUUGUUGGUGGAUCUGAACAUACUUUGCGUGCAAAGCUGACGUUUUCGCAGGAAUUACAUGGAAAUAUCAUGAAAGAAGCAGGACCUGUUAGCAUGACUUUCACCAUACCAAUGUACAAUGCUUCAAGGCUUCAGGUUAAGUAUUUGCAAAUAGCGAAGAAAUCAAAAGCGCAUAAUCCUUAUCGCUGGGUUAGAUAUGUAACAGAAGCAAACUCAUACGUUGCCCGGUUGUAAUUGGAAUCUCUGCAAAUCCAAAGUCCGAGUUAAAUUUGGGGGUAUGGCUGCAUAAGACUGUACGAGUCGAAGAUGAUUUACACGAGAUAAUGAAUUACCAGAUGGAACUUGAGUUGAUUACUGGAUAAAUAAAAAUGUACAAGACAAAUUACUAGGAAGGCUGUGAUAGUAAAACUGUGUAACGUUGAGGACAGACCGGUAAAAACUCAAACUUUUUAAAGACUUUAUGUAAUCUCAUUAGUGUUAUGAUGUGGUGAGGCUCCUAAGUCAUGGGGUGGACUAGAGAUAUCGGUUGGAAUGUAUAUGCGCCAUUGAACCUGA